CCCUUUCUCCCUCGCUUGCUGCCAGACAUAAAGGACACCUGAACGCACGGACGCAGCCUCGUUUCUCCCAUCACUCCUGGGGAACCACUUCAGUUCAUUUUACACUGGCUUGGGAGAAUUAUGCCACAUUUAUGAUGACACACAUUUCGUUGGCUAUCCUUUUGUGCCUCUUUCAGGCCUUUCCCUGCACUGUUCAAACAGACAGCAGUUCCUUCCUGAUCUACAAUGUGGACCACAACAAGUGCGUGACAGCGGUCAGCUCCAGCGCCGUGGAGACGGCCACCUGCGACCCCAGCGAUGACUCCCAGAAGUUCCGCUGGGUGUCACAGUCGCACCUGAUCAGCAUCUCGCUCAAGCUGUGCAUGGGCGCGUCCAGCAAUAAGGACUGGGUGAAGGUCGUGCUCUUCCCCUGCGACAUGAAGAAUGAGCUCCAGCAGUGGGAGUGCAAGAACGAAACCCUCUUUGGGCUCAAGGACCAGCCCCUGCAUUUCAACUACGGGAACCGGCAGGAGAAGAACAUCAUGAUGUACAAGGGUUCCGGAUCCUGGAGUCGAUGGAGAGUGUAUGGGACCAAGGGCGACCUCUGCUCUCGAGGAUACGAAGAGGUGUUUACAAUUGGUGGCAAUGGAAUGGGAACUCCCUGCAUGUUCCCAUUCAAGUUCAAUGAGAAAUGGUAUGCAGAAUGCACCGUGGAGGGCAGGUCCGAUGGGCUUCUAUGGUGCGGAACGGAGACAGACUACGACAAAGACAAAAAAUGGGGCUUCUGUCCAACAAAAUCUUCCACUGGCUGGGACACCGACCCAGUGUCUCAAGUCCUUUACCAGAGAAACACCCAAUCUCUCCUCACCUGGCACCAAGCCAGAAAGAGCUGCCAACAGCAGGAUGCUGAUCUGUUGAGCAUCGUGGAGCUCCAUGAGCAGACAUAUAUCUCAGGGUUAACAAAUUCCUUGGGAACACCACUGUGGGUUGGACUGAACAGCCUGGACUUUGAGAGUGGAUGGCAGUGGAGCAACGGAAAUCCAUUCCGAUACCUCAACUGGGCCCCGGGGCAUCCUUCUACUGAGCCUGGGCUGAACUGUGCUGUUCUCAACCCUGGAAAAGCAUCAAAAUGGGAAAGCAGUGCUUGCACAAAAAAGCUGGGGUACAUCUGCCGCAAAGGGAACUCCACCGGCAGUAACCCUGUUACCUGGGGGAAUGACCAGCGCAACUUCUGUCCUAGCCACUGGGUGCCGUAUGCAGGCCACUGUUAUUACCUUCAACGCACAAAACAAAUUUGGAGGGAUGCUCUUUCUGCAUGCCAUAAGGAAGGGGGUGACUUGGCCAGCAUCCACAACAUAGAGGAGCAGAGUUUUGUUAUUUCACAGCUGGGAUACUUGCCAACCGAUGAGCUGUGGAUCGGACUGAAUGACCAGAGGACUCAGAUGCUGUUCGAGUGGGCCGACCGGACCCACGUCACCUUCACAAAAUGGCAGGCGGGGGAGCCUACUCAUGGGACCAACAUGCAAGAGGACUGUGUCCUGAUACGGGGAAAGGAGGGGAAGUGGGCUGACAGCAUGUGUGAAAAAGAACAUGGCUACAUCUGUAAAAAGAAAGCCUCCAUUAGACCAGCUGGUGUCACUGAGGAAGCGAGCCCCGGAUGCAAAUCUGGCUGGGUCAGAUAUGAAUCAUUUUGCUACUUCAUCGGCUCUGAAACAAAAACUUUUGAUGAGGCUGCACAGACAUGCCAGAGCUCUGAGUCAUACUUAGUGGAUGUGUCAAGCAGAUAUGAAAAUGCCUUCCUCAUCAGCUUAGUUGGGCUCAGGCCAGAGAAGUAUUUCUGGAUAGGGUUGUCCAACACAGCGGACCGUGAGACCUUUGUGUGGACCAACACCAACAAUGUGAGGUUCACUCACUUCAACGUUGGCAUGCCAGACAGAAAACAGGGCUGCGUUGCCAUGACAACUGGGACAUUUGCCGGAUUAUGGGAUGUGGUCAGCUGUACCAGCAAACAGAAGUACAUCUGUAAAUACAUGGCAGAGGGGGUGACAUCAACAAAAGCUCCAAUGACCACGCCAACCCUCAGUUGCCCCUCAGACUGGAGGCCUCUAUCAAGCAGGAAUAUGUGUUAUAAGAUAUACAAGAAAACAACUAAAAACAAGAAGACCUGGUUUGAAGCUCGGGACUUCUGUAAGGCAAUCGGAGGAGACCUGCUCAGUAUCCACAGUGAGAGUGACCUUGGUGGUGGGUACAUGAUGUCAUCUGUGGAAAACGCAUGGAUUGGUCUGAGUGCUCUCGAUCCCAAUGCUGGCUUUGUGUGGAGUGAUGGAAGCUCUUUCUCUUAUGAAAACUGGGGCUAUGGCGAACCAAACAACUACAAUAAUGUUGAGCUCUGUGGCGAGGUCGGCUUUUACUAUGGAAGACCAUGGAAUGACCGGCACUGUGAAUCCUACAGCAACUGGAUAUGCCAGAUCCGCAGAGGAGUGACACCCAAACCUGCCCCAACUGGCACUGUGCUAGAGUAUAAUAAGACAAAGGACGGCUGGAUUGAAUACAAUGAUACACAGUAUUAUAUUAAUACUCAGAAGCUUGCCAUGGAUGAGGCCAGAGCAUACUGUAAGAAGAACUUCGGUGAUCUUGUGGUCUUAAAUGGGGAAAGUGAAAGGAAGUUUAUAUGGAAACAGAUAUCCAGAGAUCAUGAGGAGCAAUAUUACAUCGGCAUGACAGUUGGUCUUGACAAAUCCUUUCAGUGGAUGGAUGGAUCUCCAGUGUCUUAUGUAGCUUGGGAACAGAACGAGCCCAACUUUGCCAACAACGAUGAAAACUGUGUGACCAUGUACAAGAGCAUGGGGUUCUGGAAUGACAUUAACUGUGGUGUGGCCCUGCCAUCCAUAUGUAAAAGAAGCACUGAUGUUCCUACUAAUGCCACAGCAGCACCUACUGUAAUGCCUCAGGGAGGAUGUCCCCCAGACUGGAUAAUUUUCCAAGGAAAGUGCUACAAGCUCAUUGGAACCAGUUCUGCAGACAGGAAACCCUGGCAAGAGGCCAGAACCUACUGUAUAAACCUGGGAGGAAAUUUAGCCUCUAUCCUCAGUGAAAAAGAGCAAAAUUUUCUGACAACCAAAUUGUAUGGCCUGGAUACGGACAUGUGGAUUGGCCUGAAUGACGUGAACUGGGAGAUGCGCUUCCUGUGGACAGACGGGAGAGGGGUCUACUACACCAACUGGGCCAAAGGUCACCCUGUGUCUGUGCCCGACGGCCGUUACAUGUUCAUGGACGAGUUCACCUGGGAUCAUCGAUACCAUGAGAUACCGGAACGCAUUGAGUUUGAUUGUGUGAUAAUGGUGGGAAACACAGCUGCACUAACAGGACUCUGGAAGGUUGAAGACUGCCUUGCUGCCCGAGGUUUCAUCUGCAAGAGGAACAUUGACCCACAGAUUAGUCCUCCGGUAACAACAAUUUCACCCAAGACUUACUACAAGAUUGGCAACAACUCCUAUAAGGUGAUGACUCAGAAAAUGAACUGGGACGAGGCCAGGCGGCAGUGCAAGGCAGACGAUGCAGACCUUGCCAGCAUCCUGGACCCAAUAACUCAGUCCUACCUGGCACUGACAAUCUUAAAGCAUAAGGAACCCUUUUGGAUAGGACUCAACAGCAAUGUGACUAGCGGGUACUUCCGCUGGAUAGACAACUGGCGGCUACGCUACACUAAAUGGGCAGUUGGGGAGCCAAGGAACAACCUGGCCUGUGUGUACAUGGAUGUGGAUGGACGGUGGAAGACUGGCUCCUGCAGUAGCACAUACUACUCUCUGUGCAAGCGCUCUCCAGAUGUAGCCCCCACGGAUCCCCCACAACUGCCAGGAAACUGCCCUGAGCCGAAGAAACGAAAGACCUGGGUGCCUUUCCGGGGCCACUGUUACGCAUUCAUCGCCUCCUCAGUGGAGAACUGGGCCCAUGCUUCCAUUGAAUGUGUGCGAAUGGGAGCUUCUCUGCUCAGCAUUGAAGACCCAGUGGAGGCGAAGUUCAUACAGCAAAACCUAGAGCUACUUCAAGAUGGCACCAAGUCCUUCUGGAUUGGCCUGUACAAGAACCACAAAGGGGAAUGGUUAUGGAUUGACAACAAAGUGGUUGACUACACAAACUGGGACACAGAUGAACCAUCAUCUUCCACCGAGGACUGUGUGGAAAUCUACUCUGACACCUCCAGAUGGAACAAUGUAAACUGCCAUAGAUACAAGUCCUACAUUUGUAAAACAGAAAAGGUAAUACCACCGACUGAAAAACAUAAACCCAUAUCUCACGUUGGCGAGGAGGCUCCCCAUGGCUAUGCUGGCGUUGUAGUGGCCGUGUUCAUUGUGAUAGUAACAGUAGCGGGACUCGCGGCGUUCUUCUUCCACAAGAGAAGACAGCAGACGGUGCAGGGCGAGUGCAACUUCGACAACAGCCUGUACUUCAACAGCGAAUCCCGCGUCACCACCGUCGACACCAAGGGCUUGGUAGACCACAUCGAGCAGAACGAACAGGCCGCCAUCUGAUGUGUCAGGACAAUCUCAGCACCACAGCAACCAAAAAAAAAAAAAACUUUUCGAAAAACUUUACAAAGUUGCAGUUAGACUAUAUGGGUGUGGUGAAUAACAAAAAUAUAGCAACCUUUUUGCAAGUUUUCUCCUUUACUACCCACACCACAGCUUUAUGGCUGAUAUUUAUACAUUUAAAAUACAUUUUUGUUGUUGUGAACAUAUUUAGUGAGUGUGAUCUGGAGUAGCUAUUGGCAUCAUAGCUGGAAAGUUGUGUUUUGAGCGUUGUAAAAAGGAAACAAUGUAAAAAUAUUGCUACAACAUUGUUAUUCACCACACAUUACACAACCAGUUAUAAUGUUUGUGAUAAUAUUUUGUGCUCAAUGGUAAUUCGCUUCUAGUUCACAUGCACAGGCACACACCCACGCAUGCUCACACGCACACACACACACAAAGCAAUCCACUUUGAGGGAAAUGGAAUCUUAUGGUUUAUGGAGAGGAAUGAUACUAUUGAUCUAAACAGGUGUACUAAUAAUUGUUGAAAAUGUUUUGUCUCUUAAACUACUCACUGCUUAUAUCCUCAUAUUUAACCAUGGUUUAGGAUGUAUGCAGCAGCCCUGCUGCACACUGUAUAGCAAUAAUCUGUUUUUAAAAUCAAGCAAUACUCUGUUUUAAUACCAUCAAAUCAUUUUUCAGUAUGUUCUAGAAAAGCUUAGAUUUUAACUGCAACCAUAGAAAAAGAUGUGGGAAAAUAUGCUAUUUUAUUAUUUUUUUAUUUUGGAUUUGUACAGAUUGAUAUUUUCUUAAACAUAAAUGUUGACAACUUAUUCACCUUUGUGCCUUACUAGCUUGAAACAUUUUAUAAAAAUUUUCUACUUCUUAUUUCAGCUGAUUAUCACACAUAUGAGGAUGCUUGUAUUUCAUUGACUGAAAGCUGUCGAGUUUGAUUGUAAAUAAAUGUUUUAAAAAUGAGAACUAUAAA